UCUACGCCAAACAAGUUUUCACAAGAAGCACCCAGGACCCCAAAACCAGCACGUGGUUUUAAACAAAAUCUAUACUGUGCUAAUUUGGACACUGCCACAAUUAAGUUUUCUCCAGGAGUAUCUAGACAACGCACAGACUUCCAAUCCAAUAUCGAUCUUCUAUCUGAAGACUAUCCUCAUCCAGGAGUUUCAACCAAAUUCUCACCGACCAAGCCGCAAGAAUUUGGAAAAGUCGAGACAUACCUGGAUUCUGCUGUUGAUCAGGAAUCAGGAUCUGGUGCCAAAAGUGAGGAAGUGCAAGGUUGGAUUGAAAUUUUAAGUGAGGAUUAUUGCAGAGAGUGUUACGGAGAGUAUCCUGACUUUUUGUACCACAUCGCCAGGAACAAGUAUGGUGCUUUGUACUUCCGAGUCAUCAGGAAUCUGCUGCUGAACAAAGUUCUAUGCAGCAAUCGUGUGAGCCAAAUGACAAAAACCUACAAUGAUAUAGAAGCAGUCACAAGGCUUCUCGAAGAGAAAGAAAAAGACUUAGAACUCACAGCCCGCAUUGGCCAGCAACUGUUGGCCAGAACAGGAACCCUCGAAGCAAGAGUGACGGAACUCGAAGCGGAACUAAAAUGCUCGAACGAGCGAGCGGCCCAAUUGGCACACGAUCUGGCAGCUAAGAGCGAGCUCGUCAGGGUGCUCGCCAGCGAUCAGGAUGGGGCCGACUCCGCAGACGGGGGAGAUGAUGAGCUGGAUUCACCUACCGGCGAGCUGAAAUUGAGCGGAGAGCUCCUGCGUCGCAAAUUGCGUCAACUGGAGCAGGACAAUAGGGCACUGAGAGGCGAAGCAGCACGUCUGCUACAAGAUACAGAUGCCUGCGAGGAAGCAGAAGCAAGGCUGCUCAAGGACUUCACGGCACAACUAUCAAAUGCCAAUCUCGAAGUCGAUGCCCUUCAUGAAGAACUUGAGAAGCAGAAGGAGGAGAACAGGCUUCAAAAUGAAAGAAUAUUAUAUCUUACGGAGAAGCUGAACGAAGCAGAAUUGAGGCUGCACAAUUUCAGUGCAGAAAACGAACACAUGACCACAAUCCUCAAUGUAACUCGUGAGAACCAGACCUCGCUUGCAAGCGAGUUGGCAGAGUUCAAAGAAAGACAUGCCGAGGCCAUGGCAUUGUUGAGGGACGCUCAAGAACAACUGAGGAGACAGAGGAGGAAAGCAGCACCUGCUGUUCGAGGUUGUGGUAUAAUGCCUUCGUUGAUCUAUGCGAAUGGCGGUGGUGCUCAGCCUGAUUCGCUGCAAAGCGAAUUGGAGAGUUCAUUGUACUCAGAACUGAGCAUGGAUAGUGGAAUAUCAGGAACAGGACUCACGCCUGAUUACAAAAAAGUAUUCAACACUGUGCAAUGUGCUUCCAAAAACUCUGCAGAUACCCAAAACUUUGCAACACUUCAACCUAAUUAUGAUCAAACUAUUAUGAGUUCUUCAAACCAACCUAGAAUGAGUUCUUUCCAAAGUGCUUCUUCAAAUAGAAGUUCUAUGUACAGUAAUUCUACACAAGGCCUAGUCUACCUCGAUAGUCCCGCCAUGUCCGACACUGAAGAACUUUAUCCGGGUGCACCUGUCGCUGGAGUACCUGGCAUUCCUGGUGCCGCCGAUUUGAGUGAUGCUUUGAGAAGGUUAACGCCAGCUGAGGUCAUGACGCGAAGAGCUGUGUUAAGCGGGGGACCACUUUAUGCAGACUACGACUACGAUAAUCUUGGAGGUGGCUGCGGUCCAAUAACAGGUUGGCGCACGCCUGACAGUGUCAUGUCAACAGGUGGUUCUUCCAGUGGGGUUUCGUCGAGACACAGUGGAGGCACCAGUUCUGGUGUGGGAGGUUCCAUGUGGAGACCGCCUAGAGAUGUUUUGCAAUUAGUUAAACCUAUGGAAGGAUCACAUACUUUAAGGCACUGGAGCAGGCUGGCUACGCCCACAUUGGCAGGAUUGUUGGAAGAGCGUCCAGGUGUCCAAAUCCGAGGCGGACGUGGUCUGGACGAACUUGGUAUGGAACUGUACACCCUCUCAGAUCUCGAGGAAGAUGAUGAUAUCUCGUUGCCAGGGAAACGGUUCCAAAAUUCUGGCUGUGUAUAUACAUAUACUAACAGUACUGUGAUGCAUCCAGAUGACGGCAGCAUUUGUGGCACAAGCGAGUAUGGUUCUCGCCUGUGUUCAGUUCAGCCUACACCGGGUACUCAAACACCUGCACCUCGCACUAGAUCUAAUUCGACAUGUUCUACAUUCUCAACUAACAUGGGUCUUGCCAGUGUGCUGAAUGAAAGAGGGAUGCAGAGCGGCGUUCCGUCCUGCUUCAACACACCAGCGUCAGUUCGUGGCGGAAUGUUUUCGACGAGCACCACGAAUGGGCAGGACUACACUCCAACAGCUACUCCUUGUAAUAGUCCUGAUGGAUCACCAAUUGCCACACCAAGAUGUUCCAGUCCUGAACCAGUAUCACCUCAUGCCGGUAUUGCCAGCUUAUUAAGUCAAGGAGCAGAUCUGCUGUGGCGCACUUUUGGAACUGGUUUAUACCCUGAAAAAUCCAUUGAGCACCAUGAUUUAUCUCCAUCGGACACCAAGUCGGUGAGCAGUAUAGGUCUCGUCGACAGCGUGAAACGUCUAGGAUUAGAAUCUCUGAUUAUACCCCCUGGAGACACCAUCGACAACAGGUAUGGUUACAAUGAACCAUUGUCUUUGCAUUUAAGAGGGGCAGGAAGUGUGGUGACUCGGCGGAACGACGCUGGACCGAUGGCCAGAUUAGCAAGCAUCAGGGCUGCGCUUAAAGAAGCCGAGGCGCAUUCUGAAGGUGCACCACGUGUUCAGCCAGAGACGCCUAAAGAAUCAAAAGACUCCGCCAGUCCUAAAGCUGCUGAGGUGGCUAGUCCUUCACCUAGGAGGGCGAGAGGAGGAGCUGCAGCUGAUAGAAGGGCUAGGAUGAGGGAACGAAGGAUUACCAGGACUGAUUUAGGAACUGUGGUCCCUACUGGUGCAAAAGUUAAAAAGGAUCAAGAGGCUCCAACGACCACUUCAACAGAAGAAGCCCCCAGAAGAUCAGCCUUUGGCGCAAUAGGCGCUCUGCUGUUUGGAAGAAAAGGUGGUCUGCUGUAACAUCACAUUGUUUAAAAGUAAAUUCGCACACAUCACAGGGUUUGUUGAAAAUGUUUAUUUUUAAUCGAUUGAGUAAAUAGAUUUUUGAUUCCGUUGUUCGAUGGUAAAGGAAAUAGAGAUAAAAGGUAAAAGAUAAUUUUUUAUCUUGUUUGAAAUGGAAAAACUCUAGUAGAGAUUUUUUGCAGUUGUUGAUUUUAGAAACUUGCCAACAAUUAAUUUUAGGUUGAUAUUAA